UCAUUUGUUGAAAAUGGCGUUUGUUGUUUCACUUUCGGCUUGUUAAGCUUUAUAUUUUAUAGUAAGGCUCAAUAUUAUAUAUUUUACUUGAUUUUUUAUUUUCAAUCCGAGCUAAUUUCUAAUUAUUCAUGGUUUAAUUAAUUUAGUUUUUGUUUUUAGCCAACUCCAUAAAGAUUAGGAAACCAUCAAACCCUUUUUAAGAUAAGUUCUAAAUUGGUCAUUGAAAGAAGUCCAAUAAUGAUGAGACCUAAUGAUAACCAUAUGAAUAGUUUCAGUGCCAGUGAUACCAAAAAUUUUCCUCAUAUUGUUCCACCACCUUCCAUCAUUGCAGCUGGAUCUGGAGCUCCUGGUAUAUCUUGCUCUGCAAGCCAAGAAUUACCUUUGAUUAAAACACAACCAUCUGAACUGACUUCUCUGUUUGAAUGCCCUGUUUGUUUUGAUUACGUUCUUCCUCCUAUUCUUCAGUGUCAAAAUGGACAUCUUUUGUGCUCUGCGUGUCGCAAACAAUUAACUAAUUGCCCCACUUGUCGUAUUCCUAUUUCAAAUAACAUACGUAAUCUUCAAAUGGAGAAACUUGCUAUGAAUUUGCUGUUCCCCUGUAAAUACUCAUCUCAAGGGUGCCUUCUUAAUCUUACUUGUUCCGAUAAAACUGACCAUGAGGAUUCAUGUGAUUUUAAAUCAUACUCUUGCCCAUGUCCAGGCAGCAAUUGUAAAUGGAAUGGUCCAUUGAAGCAAGUUAUGCACCAUCUGAUGACCCAGCAUAAAAGUAUUACCACGCUACAAGGGGAAGAUAUAGUUUUCCUAGCUACUGAUAUAAAUUUAAGCGGAGCAGUUGACUGGGUUAUGAUUCAAUCAUGUUUCAAUCACCACUUUAUGCUAGUUUUAGAGAAACAAGAACGAUUCCAAGCGUAUCAACAAUUUUUUGCAGUUGUUCAACUCAUUGGUACUCCAAAGCAAGCAGAAAAAUUUAUUUAUCGUCUCGAAUUAAACGGACAAAAAAGAAGAUUAACAUGGGAAGCAACUCCACAUUCUAUCGAUGAAGGUGUUCAGAGUGCUAUUAAUCUAUCUGAUUGCUUAGUUUUUGACACAAGUAUUGCGAAUCUUUUUGCAGAUGGUGCGAAUCUGGGUAUAAAUGUCACCAUUUCUCCUGUUUAAGUGCAGCGACUGCUUUUCCUAAUUGAACUUAAAACAAACUAUACAUAUUACCCAAUCAGCCCAAUCAAUUAUGCACUCCGGAAACUUGUAAAAAAUCUAAUUGUAAAAUUAAUUAUAGAACCGAUUGUUAUCUGGUGUGCUCAAGCAGAUUGUAAAAUUAAAUGCCUGUCUAAGUCGUAAAGGUAUUGAAACACUUUU